UAGAAUAGUAAAGAAUGUCAAUUUUUUAGAAACGGAAGUAGUACAUUACAAUUUAAGUUUACAUUUUUUUGUACAAGAAAAAACGAAAUUUCACAAUUUUUUAGGUUUUCUUUGAAAAAAUAGUGUGAAGUUUGUUUCUUUAAACAAAAUAGCCUGAAGUUUUGUUUGGCGAAUUGGCGUGGACAAAGAGUUUUAUCGUUUCCAAUUGGACUUCAAAACCAUCGGCUCUGGCUGCUCCCAAGUUCAUCCUAUUCCCUUGACGAUUCUUCCAUUUCCAGGUGUGCUGUUUUGUUCCGUGGUUUAUGUUUUGAUGAUAUAUCUUUGAGUUGGGACCCCACAAGAUUGAGAUAACAUAAUUGAGAAAUUCAGCUUCUUUGGCUGAGUUUCUUUGUUGCUGCCUUGGCUGGCCUGGCUGUUUCUGUCUUGUUGGAUACUUCUUGCCCAUUCUUGCUCCCGGAUAGAGCAGAUUGCCCAUGGAUUUGGCAACCGAAAACAGAAUUGCUGCAAUUCUCUUGAGAGAAGCUGCGGAAUUAAGGCGAAAAGCUGAUGAAGAGGGUGCCCUUGCUUAUCUUUGUAAACCCACAAUUAGGGGACGGCCUAAUUCAAGAUUUCUGAAGGCAACUGUGCUUGGCAUACAACAAGCUAAUCGAGCUGUUGAAGUAAACGAGAUGUGGCGAUUGAGGCAGAAAGAGUUGGGGGUUGAUGAUAGGAAGGAACGUAGAUCGGGAAAUGAGAAUAGCAGUCCAAGGAGCCUAAGGGGCGUCACAACGUCUAGGAUUAAUGGUAAGAGGCACAGUGAUUGUGGCUCUAUUUCAAUUGCUUCAUGCUCGUCAAAGAACAGAGACACUAAAGAUUACUAUUUAAGGGAUGAAGGCUUGCAGGUUGAUGAAGUUCAUGAAUUUUUGCAUUCAAGGCCUAAGAGAGGUAGGGGAGCAGUUGGGGCUCGGAUGGAUGAAACCGGUCCUUACCCUGCUGCUUGUUCAGACCAUGAAUCAAACCCAUCGGGCGGCUCUGAAUUGAGAGACCGUCCCAUGAUUGGCCCCAAGAAGCCUCUUUGGUUGAAUUCCUCAGAGUCUUCAGAUGAUGAAGAUAUGAUGAAAGUAUCAAAGAAGGGUAAACCAGACAAAUAUCACAGCAGUAAGCACAAAUCUAAGAGCAAAUCUAGAGAUAAGGGUAGAAAGGUACAUUCAGAAAGACACAAGUCCCAUAAGUGAGAUGAUCCGAGGAAGAUUUUUUUUAAUCUAUAGUUUUUUUUUAAAUACACAUUCUUGGCCUCGAAUCGCAUAUGUACCCUCUCUCUUGUUUGUGUAUAAACCAUUGUUCUUUUGCUGCAACUAAAGAAGAUAUGAUUUCUUGUUUGGUUGUUGAUUUGCAUGGAGGUCUGGUCUUUGGG